AUGAGUGUUUUGAUGUUUACGUUUAAAGUUCUUACCAUUUGUGGAUGUUGGCCGCCGAAUUCGUGGACCUCGCGGUGUAAACGUAUCCUGUAUGUUAUAUAUACAAUUCUCAUAGCUUUGCUAAUAAAUACAUUUACGUUAUCACAACUGUUGGAUUUAAUUUUGAUUGUGGCCGACGACUUUGCUGGGAAUUUCUAUAUAACACUUGCCAUGUUUGCAUCAUGCUGCAAAAUGUUUAGUUUAUUGAGAAAUUGUAACAACAUUGCGAUGCUGAUUGAUAUUUUAAUAAAGAAACCAUGCAAGCCUACUGAACAUGAUAAAAUAGAAAUUCGACAGAAGUUCGACAAACUCGUACAGUUUUACUACGCAACAAUGGUCAAAUGGACAUGUGCAUUUGCAUUAGUAACAUCUGUGUUCAAAGACUACAGGAAACAUAGAUUAAUUUUCCGGGCGUGGUUACCCUUCAGUUAUUUUUUGCCGAUGUUAUUUCGAAUUGCUUACGCUCACCAAGCGAUAAGCUUAACAGCUGGAUCAGUCCUUCACGUCGCAUGUGACAGCAUAAUUUGCGGAUUAUUAAUGCACAUUUGCUCUCAGCUGGAAAUAUUGGAAUGUCAUUUGAAAAAAGUCAUAAACAAGCCACACCUUCUUCGUGAAUGCGUCAUACAGCAUACAUACAUUUUCCAGUUAAUUUUUUAA